AUGGAGAGGCUGCUGGAACAGCUGGAGCGUUUCGCUGAGGUGCUGGCCGUGUCCCGCACGCGCCACGCGGGCAGUUGGGGGCGCGUAGCCGUGCGCCGCUCCCUGCGCUGGGCCCGCUACCUGCGUCACGUACACGGACGCUUCCGCCGCCGCGGCCCGGUGCGGGCGGCGCUGGAGGAGGGGCUUCGCCGGCUGCAGCCGCGGCCUGGGCCGGAUGGGCACGCGGGGCCCUGCUCUGGGCCGGAGCCGGCAUCGCUGCGGAGCUUCGAGGGCCUGGGGUGCGGGGACCAGCUGCUGGCGCUGGGGCUGCUCGAGAACGCCGCGCUGCAGGGCCCCGCGCUGCAUGAGCUGCUCCGGCACCUGAGGCCCGAGGAGUUAGAGGAUCCCGAGGACCCAGAGGACGAGGCCGGGCUGCCAGGCCGCCUGGCCGAGCUGGCCCGCCGCAGGGCCGCCUCCCAGCUUCUGCUGCCGCUGCUCGGCCCCGACCCGGCCCGGGCUGAGCCUGUACUUCGGAGAACUGAGGCCGAGCUGCUGCUCCUGCGGCUCCGUGAAGAGGCCAGAGCGGAAGCCGGGGCCGACGCCCUACUCUUGGACCGCCUGUGGGUGCAGCUGCCCCGGCCCCGCUGGCUGGAUGUGGUGGCCGAAGCGCUGCUGCUGCAGCCCACGCCCAGGCCGGACGGGGAUGAAGACGAAGAAGAUCCCGGGAGCCAGUCUGACCUCGGGCCCAGUGCGGCCACGCCCCUGCUGGCCUGGCUCCUGGCGCGGCCUGCCCCGCUGGCGGCCCUCUGCCGCCUCCUGCCCGCGCCACUCCUCGCCUCUGUGGCCGACCGCCACCCGUUGCUGGCUGAAGCCUGCCUGGACCUGCUCUCGGGCUGGGGCUGCUGUCUGCACUUCGACCUAGUUCGGGGCACCUGGGUCGAGGCUGACCCGGAGGGACCAACCUGGGAGCGCCUCCGGGACUGCUUUCGAUGCUUCUGCCAGUCCCCAGCCCCUCUAAGAAACCAGGCUCGGACCGUGCUGGACACCCGCAGGGCUCAGGAUGGAGGCUUCGAAGCCCCAGGCCUCAGCGUGUGGACUGACCUGCUGCAGUACAUUGGAGGGGAGGAGCCCCCAGGGAGGGGUGAGGAUGCUGAGACCCCGGGAGAGAUGCCCCAGAUCCCACACUUGGGCUCCAGGCCUUAGCCUUGGAGCUCUCAAUGCUGUUUACAAGAACUGAAACCUGAAACUGGACAUUGGGCCUGCAUGGACACAUGGGGAGAAAAGGCCCCCAGAUCCAGACUGCCCCUUCAGCCUCAGAGUGGCCUUCGGCCUUUCAGCUAAAGGGGCUGUUCUCACUGUUUACAAGAACUAACACUGGACGUUCAGCUUGAAGAUACACAUCCUCCGUAUACACAAAGUGCAAACGUCUCCAACACUCCAGAAAAAUAAAAUAAAAGCCUUAGUUUUUCACUCCUUA